CUUCCUUCCAUCAUCGUCUUCGUCUCUGCUUCCGCCAUGGCUGCUCUUCAAUACUUGGAAUCUCUGAAAAAUGCGCAUCCAGAGCUCGGUGAAUGGUACAAUUCCCUUGCAGAUCUGUAUCAGAAAAAGCUCUGGCAUCAACUCACCCUUAAGCUCGAACAGUUCAUCGCUCUCGCUGUCUUUCAGGCUGGUGAUGCUUUAAUUCAGUUCUAUCACAAUUUCAUCACUGACUUUGAGACGAAGAUCAAUCUUCUGAAGCUUGCGCAUUUUGCGGUGGUGGUUUCCCGACAGUACUCUGAGAAAGAAGCUGCAGUUAGCUAUCUUGAAAGCGUGAUUGAGAAACUUAGAGCUACUAAAGAGCCUCGGAUAACUGAACCGAUCAUUUAUAUUGAAACACAAAAAGCUCUGUUCAAGCUUGAGCAAGGUGAUCAGAAGGAGUGCAAGAAAAUCUUGGACGAUGGAAAGAGCUCUCUUGAUAGUAUGACUGACAUUGAUCCAUCGGUCUAUGCCAACUUCUAUUGGGUGUCUUCUCAGUACCAUAAGUCCCGUCAAGAAUUUUCUGAUUUCUACAAAAGUGCUCUACUUUAUCUUGCAUACACGUCUGUCGAGGACCUCUCAGAAUCGUUUAAGCUGGAUUUGGCUUUCGAUUUGUCACUUUCAGCUCUACUUGGGGAGAACAUCUAUAACUUUGGGGAACUGUUAGCCCAUCCCAUUUUGAAAAGUCUCCUUGGAACAAAUGUGGAAUGGCUCUACCACAUUCUACAGGCAUUCAACCAUGGUGAUUUAGUUCAGUAUCAAGAACUAUGCCGUGUGCACAACGCAUCCUUGAUUGCGCAACCAGCACUGGUUGAGAACGAGAAGAAGCUUUUGGAAAAGAUCAACAUUCUCUGCCUUAUCGAGAUCAUUUUCAGCCGACCCGCUGAAGAUAGAACCAUUCCUUUGAGUAUCAUCGCUGAGCGUACUAAACUUUCCAUUGAAGAUGUUGAGCACCUUCUCAUGAAGAGCCUUUCUGUGCAUCUAAUUGAGGGCAUCAUAGACCAAGUGAAUGGAACAGUUUACGUCUCAUGGGCGCAACCAAGAGUACUAGGGAUUCCACAGAUCAAGGCUUUGAGGGAUCAAUUGGACAGUUGGGUUGACAAAGUUCACACCACUUUGCUAUCUGUUGAAGCCGAGACACCAGAUCUUGUUGCCGCAUAAGAAAGGAAAAAACCUUGUUUGUCUUCCUCUUCCUUCUUUGAAAGCUACUUAUUAAAUGUAGUAACUCUUC